UUUUGCUUUCAGCUUCUUCAAACACGAGUCUUACUUGACAUGGAGCUGUAGCUUGUUGUGGCAGACAAUGUGCUCUGGAAAUCACGUGACACGUCCAAGAGAGUCAGUCGGCUGCCUAUCAGAACUCGUGCCUUGGGCUAGUGCAUGUCCGCAUGGCGACUCUGGCCGAUCUGAUCUUGUCACAAGAGGAGCCCGAUCUUGAUGAUGAAUCCUUGGCCAGGGAAUUGGCCGCGCUGCGCGAGAAACGACGCGAAAUGGACGAGGCUGAAGUGGAGCGACGGGAGGCGACAGGGCGACAAGCACCGGAACGACCCUCUUCUCGCUCCGACUCCAACAGACUACCUCGGUCUCGUCCGGUGUCGCGGGCAGAGCCAGUGCGGCAAGAUGAUGCGGGCAAUGCGUGUGAAGGGCUCCAGCUUCAGGAACUUAAGCCUUCUUUGGCCGAUGCAAUUCUCGCCAGGGCUGAAGAAGCCGAGGAAUCGAUCGAUAAAGAGAUCGAAGAGAUGGAUCGACAACUCAAGCUGAAAGUUGAAGAGUUUCGAAAGCAACAACGCGGAGGCUCUCCAGAGGAUGCUGGUGCUGAAAAGCAGGAUGAACGUCCCACAUCGGGGCUGGUAGAACCGAGCUUCAAGCCCUGUGAGUCCAAUGAAAUGGGUUGCACAGGUCACUUGCCGAUCAUGGACGAUGAACUGCAGGAACUGAAGCACUUGGCUGCAAAGAUGGAUGAAGCUUUUCCGGAGUUUCCAGCUCCUGCCGGAGAUGCUGGGCCAGUCCGUCGUCCUUCAGCCGGUGGCUAUCAGGAGCCAGAUGGCCGUAGCCUUCCGAUGGAUGAUGAGGUCUCUCAGUUCAAAAGCGCCCUUGAGAACUUAGACGUUCGUUUGCGGGUGCUUCAAAGCAAGAAGGAUCUUCAGAGUUAUGAGGAGCCAGUUGUCAAAACCCCCGUCAUCAAGGACUUGCAGAUGCAGAACCAGGUGCUACGGGAUUUGUUGUCUGGUGAAGGACGCAAAGGAAUGCUACACUUGGAUCGAAAGCUGUUCUCGCCCUGAGCAUGUUGAAGUCUUCCACCACAACGCAGCUCCAGUGGUCCUGAGGGCAAGUAUCAAAGGGAUGUGUUCCCUGAGAGACUGUUUCACUGAAUUCGUUUCGCCAUAUGGAAAACUCAUGAAAACUCAGAUUCAAUGCAGACUGUCGCCUUUGUCAUUCGCUUCUUUUUGAGUACCAUCACUUCUUCGGUCAAGCUUUGCAACAAAGAAACAUGUUUCCACCCCGACCUCCCGUUUUUGCAUUUCUUUAUCCUUGCAGGAGACCUAUGGGC